AUGAGGGGGACAUGGACAAGUGAUCCGGGGCUGGGAAGCUCAUCCUGGAGUGACACUGGGCGCUCCGACGGCCCCCUGCGGGUAACGCACGUGAGGGUCCGGGCCUUGGUGUUCGGCAAGAUCGUGGGAGGGCGCCGGGGGUCCGGGCUCUGGGGCACGUGGGCUUUGGCCAAUGGCACACCAGCCAUGCAUCUCCACACGUACAUACCCCGCGUACUUGCAGUGGAAACAGCUUCGUCCGAAAGCACAGUUACCAUGGUGCCAUCAGUCGAAGGCAAGACCACGGUGCAGCGCAUCGAGCUGACGUACAGCGAUGGCUCCCUGCAGCUCUGCCGUUUCAGAAUCGGGUGUUUCUCGGGUCAGUGGGCUAUGGGCCCGCCCCUGGCCGGCGCCAAAAAGCAGGUGAAGAACAAAAGGAAGAUCGACGAUGGCGUGAAGAUCAUGGCCCCUUGGGCUGUGAGUGCAUUGAAGAAGCCUCCGUUGCGACAAGCUGCCCUUGUGCUUGGUGCAGUAGGGGCUCCGGCGCCGCAAGUCCUGCAAGCAGAUUCUGGCGGCUGUGGACACGAAGUCACUUGUGAUAACUUUGCCAGUGCAAGCUGCUUGGCCUCGUCCAUCUUCGCAGACUCCCUUCCUGAGGUCUUAAGUGAUGACGAGACCUGGCAGAGCGAAGAGUUCAUCACCGUUGCUUGGCUGACUUUUGCCACUGUGAAACUGCAGCUCGUGCUCCCUACUUGUGACUGUCAAACUGCUAUGGUGAAUGAGCUCUGCAACAGAGGGGAGGUGGAAGGCCAUGACUUUGGGCAGAAGGGUGAAGUGAAGCAUGAGCCCUUGCUCCAGUGGUGGUGGGUUGGCGCAGCGCUGGAGCUUCGAACCAACAAAGGUCGCUCACUUCAGGCCUGUGGCACCUGGUCCUCGGGCUUCGAGGAGAACACGGAGGUGUUCACAGCUUCACCCGGCUGCGCCGUUCUUGGUCUACGCCUGCACAACGGGCGAUGCCAUGGAAUCAUCGAGGGCCCUGCUCCCGAGGUCGACGAACUCGAGCUGAAGCUUUGGGCCGUGUACUGGUUGGCGGAGGGCAGCGCCGAUGACGACAUCCAAAGCCGAAACUUCGUAGGGCGGGAGUCCGCUUUCAGCUUCGCCGAGCGCGUCGGCGGCGGCCACGAAAUGGCUUGGCAGUGCGGACCGCUAAAGUUGUCCAUCUCCGACCACCCCUGGUUGGACUGCUGCCGGGACCUCCGCGAGUUGCUUCAGCCGGCGCGGCUCGCAGCCUUGGAGGCUCGUGAGGUGGCAUCGCAGAACGAGUCCUACGUCGAGUUUGCCACGGGGGAGCGCUUCGCCGCAGGCAUCGUGCUGGACUUGGUCAAGACCUCGCGCGUCAAGGCCUGGGGGCCUCACGCCCGGCGCAAGAAGUGUGAGGAGCUGGCGGCCGAGACUCGGCAAAGCCUGAAGUUCUCUGGUUCGAGAGAGGAGCAAGGUCAGUUCAACCUCAAACGCUGGCGCGACAUGUCCGUCUCCUUCGCGGAGAUCGUGCACAGAAUACAGUCGGUGAAGCCGACGCUCGCCCGCCUGGUAGCCAUGAUGGAUUUGCGAAGGCACCUUUUCAGGACGCUGUUCACAGCAGCCAUUGCAGCAGUCAUGAGCACCUGUGACAGCGUCAAGACGGUGCUGUCUGGUGCCGUGUUCACGCUGAUCAACGCCAGCGCUCAGCCGGCAGACUCGAGCAUCCUUAUUUCGGAGGUAGGUGAAGAGGAAGUGAAGAAAGACAGUCAGUACCUUCAUGUCAUCUGCUCCUGGACCUUUGGCUGUGGAUCUCGCACCUUGGCUUGCAACGAUGAUGCAACGCGACUGUCCUUGGCCAAGAGCUUGAUCUUGGGCCUGAUGUUGCUGGCAAUCCUGAAGGGCACCGUCAACGUGGUGUCCCAACACGUGGCCAAGGCCUUCAAGGACUCCUACCGCGUGCAGACUCGGACCGAGCUCUUCGACCACCUGCUCGCCCAGGAUUUGGAAGAGUUCGAGAAGCAGACCACCCGAGUAAUGGCACACAAAGCUUCGCCCGUGGUCAUGGACAGCAUGCCAAACAUGGUGACGAACAUGGUGCGCACCGUUACCGAGUUGUUGACGUUGCUUUGGUUGCAGUUUACGGCCUGGGCUGUCAAAGAGGCUUCUGAGUUGUCGCUCAUCUUCCUCUACUCGAUGCUGGGACUGAUUUCGCCGCUGAUGACCUUCAUGUAUGCCACCGCCGUCCCUGCAUUUCAAGUGGCAGCACAGGCCUACCUCAGCUGCCCGGCAGCAACGCAACAUGAUGCUGUCCUGUGCUGUCCUUACGCGCAAGCUUACCAGUCAGCCCUUCACCUCCGAAGCACGGCCUCAGGAAAGCAGGCCCAGGGCAGCCAGCGGCGCGAGCGGGGCCUCGAGAACGUGGCGAAUCGCGUUGUCGGAGAGGCCUGUGAGAUGAUCAAGGUGGACUCUUGCCUGAAUCAGUCGAAAAAACAGACAUAA